AUGACGGGCUCCACAAACAGCGCCUCCACUGAUCCGACUGGCAAGCAACACAUUGAUUCAAUUCCAACCCAACUAACUUCGAAUCAUUCUGUUUUGCUUCCAGCUCCAGUGCCCCAAGUUAAUCCAUGGUCUCUGAGAAAGUCUACAGCUGCUGCCCUUAUUUCAGGUCAACAAACUAUCUCCUAUACAAAGUCAAGCCCAUCUCCAUCAUCGCUUGAUAAGUCUACUCCAAAUCCAAAACCUUCUACUUCUGCAAACAAAGAAAACGCCGAUUUGUCUAGCACCAGCACUAACCAGCAAUCCAAAGCCAAAUUUUCUAGAACUGACAAAUGGGUUCCUUACACCGAUGCCGAAAUUGAGUUGACAACAUCAAAUAACAAAAAUGCCAACUUUAAUAAUAAUAAAUCGAAAAGCAAGAAUAAAUCUAAAAAGAAAAAGGCUAAGGCCAAAGUUACGGCUAAGUAUGAUUCAGAUGGUAACCCUGGUGCAGAUGGUAACCCUGGUGCGGAUGCUCACAAUCAUAAUAAUGAAAGAUCAAAUGAUAUAUUGGAACAUAGCCGCCACUCUGGUAUGAAAACCAAACAGCACUCUACAAUACCUGAAGCUACUAAUGAACUAAAGAAUAGACCUAACAAGGUUGUUGAUAAAAUUACAGGUGUUUCCAAUAGAGAGACAAAAGAAAGUGAUUCAACCAGUGAAGUUGGUGAGCAUUUAGCCAAACUUGAUGUCAAAGAUUCGAGUGCUGCUCAACAAAAAGACUCAUUUAAAGCUGAAAGUUCGAUUAGUGAUUUCGAAGCUGAAGGUAACAUAUCCGGUGAGUUGCGUUCUUCCAAUCAAAAGAAGGGAAAACAUUCGAACGGCCGUAAUAGUUUUAAACAUAGGAAUGGAUAUAAGCUGCGCUCAAAUAGCGGCUAUGACGACGCCAGUUUCUAUGGUAUGAAUAAUGGAUAUGUUAACUAUAGUGGAAACAAAACUGAUGGAUAUAGAAGCCAGUACCCACCAAUGAACAACUUUGGCUUCCCAGGUGCUCCUUAUUUUGGCCAGGUACCUUUUAUAAACCCGAUGUAUGCCAACACUGCUGCAUUAGGUUUUGCAACUGGAAACCCGAUGAUUUCUGGUACUCUACUUUCUGGGGCUCAGUACAAUAAUCAGUUUGACCCUAAUUACAAGUUUGUGCAACAAAACAAUAAUACUGGUUAUUCUUCGGAUAGAUCUUUUAAUGAAACAGAAAGUGCAGGCAGCAGUGCUUCUCCAAGCAGAAGGACUUCUAGUGUUGGCCCACAGGCCCAGUUGCCCAAGUUUAUUCCAAAUCAGCCUCAGAAAAUGUUCUUUAACAAUGGAAUGAUACCCCCGGGCGCUAUGGGCCAAGCGUUGUUUAUUCCUCAAUAUCCUCAGCAAGUAAUGCUGCCUACGUUCCAGCAACAAUUUGCCCCUACAAUGCCACAACAACCUUCAAAUUAUGACCCAAGAUUGGCAGUGGUGAUUAAACAAUUGACUUAUUACUUUUCUUUAGAUAAUUUGUUGAAAGAUUUGUAUUUGAGAAAAUUGAUGAAUCCUUCCACUGGUGGUGUUAAGCUUAGCCUGCUUUUGAAAUUUCAUAGACUUAAGAUCUUAAUCAUAAGAGAAAGUAGGGAUCUUUCUGACGAGGAAGAAAAAGAAGGUCUAAGUAUUUUACGUACUGCCGUUGAUGCUAUCACAGACUUGGAACUUAUUGAGAAUGGAGACGAAGUGAAGUUGAAACAGAAUUGGGAGAGAUGGAUUUUAUCAGAAAACGCUGUAGAAUCCAAAGGAGUUUAA